AGUGUUGGUGGUGGUCUUACCCCUCCCCAUCCUUGUGUUUAUAUCUAUUUACAUACUUUCCUCGUAUUAACCUAAUCGUGAUGUCUUCCAACACUACUAUCGAAAUGCCUGCUGAUGUUGUCAGCGUUGUCAGCACUGAAGGUUCUGUGAGAGACGAGCUCGAUGCUGUUACUCACACUUUUGGUACGGCCCCCUUGAACGGUGUGGCUAAGUCCAAGUUGGAUAGCGCUGCGGAGGCCUCGUCUCCCGUGGGAGAAAUGAAGCCCAAGAAGGACACUUGGGCUAGCAGGACCUUCGCCCCUGGUUCGUCAUUCACGGCGACUAUUGCUGUUGUUAAGGCUACUUUGGGUGGCGCCAUUCUGUCCAAUACCUACAUGAUGGCAAUUGGUGGUUAUGUUUCUGCUGUUUUAUUGCUGAUAUUCAUGGCGGUGUUGAAUGUGCUUUCUAUAGAUAUGAUUACUAAGACUGUUGAGAAGACGGGCAAGACUUCGUACGCUACCAUCAUAGAGCAUCUAUAUGGUCGUAAGGUGCUUUACGGCUUCCAGAUUGCUAUGGUUGUCUUCUGUUUGGGUAGCAGUGCCUCUUAUUUGGUAACUGUUGUCGAUUCAUUGGCACCAUUGUUCAAUCAGCUCACCAUCGAUGACCCCAAUGCUUGGUAUCAUAUCAUGUUAACCUCGAGGUAUUACUUAUCCCUCAUCAUGUUGGGUAUUGUCAUGUACCCAAUCUGUCUGGUUAAGAGUCUCGGCUCGUUGAGGUACCUCACUAUUGUUAGUAUUCUCGGAAUAUUCUGGCUGGCUAUCGUAGCUCUAUAUCUCCUUGGCUCGAACGGUAUUUCUGAGAACUUCGAUCGUGGUCAUGCCUAUGCCCCUGUCAGCUGGAUCGCCUGCAUCGAGGGUGUCACCACGUACAUCUUCGGUUUCUGCAACCAAGCUAACAUGCCCGAGAUCUACAUGGAGAUGAGCAAUAGAAGCCCAAAGAAGCUGCGUUCGGUCGCUGUCUGGUCUGCCGUUAUUUGCACUGCUGUUUACUUCAUCAUUGCCAUCCCGUUCCUUCUGGUUUUCGGUUCUGAUGCACAGAGCAGUGUCUUGCUUAACAUGGCUGAUUGGAUCCCCCAGGGUGAUGUUGUUGUCAUCAUUGGCUUCAUCUGGACGGGCAUCUCAUUCAUUGGCACUUAUCCGUUUAUGGUGUAUCCUGUCCGUGUCGCCCUCAUCAACACCUUCCAACCAAAGCGUGCUGACUUCUGGGGAGUGGUAGUCGUUACUAUCGCAGUCGUCAUCUCUUAUCUCAUCGAUAUCGCUUUGCCCGAUGUAUCCAUCCUGAUGGGUAUUGUCGGUGCUAUUGCUGGAUCCAUCCUGUGUUUUAUUGCUCCUGGGUAUUUCUGCAUAUCCAUCUCGAAGAGCAAGAGAUUCUUCGCUGCUGAGAAUUGGUUGUAUGCAGGAUUCGUUAUCCUAGGCUGCAUUACCUUGGUCGGUGGUACCGCGAUAUCGGUUUACCAGAUCCUAGAGUUCGCUGAGUAGACGACUACUACUAUACUAAUACGAAGUAUAAAGACGAAUAACACUAUCUGUUGUACUGCGAUUGAAAUGUGAUGGAAAAAUGGUUUCUU